GUGUAGUCUGUGCCUGGGUCAUCAUACUGAUAAGAGAUGUUGUUGGGUGAUUGAAUUUUCCGUUUGAUGCUUGAUCUCAUUCCAUUCUGCUGAAGCUAUUUUAAAUGAUGUCGAAGAAUGUCCUUACUCAGCUAAAUAAGAUACCAUUGCCCAAUUCGCUCAAGCGAUCUAUCGUCAGAAAUGAGGAUCGUGGAAAAGUUGUGUGCAUCAUUUUAGUAACUACGCUGCUCACGAUCAUGCCAGUUGGGUAUCACAUGGUUGUUCUGAAUGUUCCGGCAGCAGUGAUACAGCGCUCAAUCAACGAAAGCUUGUACAACACCUUCGGCGCAGCUCUAUCCUCGGGUUCAUCAGCACUUCUUUGGUUGGUUAGCGUUCGGUCCAUAAUCGUUUCUUGUCAGAGCAUAGGAGCCUUGCUUGGCUGUGUCAUGGUCACACCUAUUCUGAAUCGUUGUGGAGUGAAAAGCGCUCUGAUGCUUUUCAAUAAUAUAAUUUUGAUUGCACCGAAACAAAUCAAGGGCUCAUUGAGCUGUUUUCUACAUAUUGCUGUUUGUUUUGGAUCAGCUAUUGGAGCAAUCCUUUCUCUGGAUUUUAUGCUGGGAGGAGAAUCAACGUGGGGUUAUCUCCUACUCGCUCCUGGAAUACUUAGUGUGCUUCUAAUCGUGGCAGCUUUUAUGAUACCAGAAACUCCUAAUUUCUAUCUACAAAAUGGAUCCUAUAUCCAAGCAAUUCAAUCAAUAGAUUUUUACUACGGUAUCUCUUACGACGAUGAUGAUGAGGCCAUCAGGGAAUAUUGGGAUAUGGUUCCCGAAAUGCCAUCUCAAAUUUGCUUCUCUGAAGCAGUUAUGAAUCCGACAAUUUUGAAAGGAAUAUUUCUGGGAAUGAUAGUCAGCGCAAGUCAGAUAUUUUCGGGAAGCAUGGCUUCUGUAUCGUACUCAACUAGCAUGUUCUCAGCUGUGUCUUUUGACGAAUCAUUCAUUCCAUUCUUGCCUGCGCUGGGAGCACUUGUCUCUAUAGCACUGACUUUACCUGCUCUGAGAUUGGUCGAGACCACAACUCGGCGCUCACUCCUGCUCAGCACACUUUUGCUAUGCCUUUUUGCAGAUUGUCUACUUUUACUCUUCUCACUUCUCUCCAUGGACGAAUGGUGGGCUUCAUGGCUCUAUCUAAUCAGCUUUUUCAUUUAUGGGAUAGGCUACAACCUUGGCACCGGUCCAGUGGCUUACUUCAUUCCCGCUGAACUAGUGCCUGCAGAAGCAGCCAGUGUAUCUCUGGGAGCUGCUGUGGCCGUCAAUUGGAUAAGUUCUAUGGUAACUACUUUGCUAUACUACCCAUUAAAUGAAUCUGUACAGGGCUGGAGUUAUCUCAUAUUCAUCAUCCCUACGUCUCUAUUCUUAAUAAUCCUGUUCUUCUUCCUUCCUGAGACGAGGUUUCACUACCGGUCAGAUACCAUCGACAGUCGGUUACUAGCGGACCUAGGACAGCCGUCUCCUUAUGGGACUUUUGAAGACGAUGAAAUUGAUUUAUUUUGAUACUGACGCGAUCUUUGUCCUUCGUGUGUUUGAUUGUAUAAAAGCUU